AUGAAUAAUAUAGAAAGUAUUCAAUCCGGGGAAGCUCUCGUCUCGCCUAGACCUGCCAGAAAUUUUAUUACUAUUACUACUUCCUCUAUAUCCCCCCCUGUUUCAACAACGUCGAUCGAUAAGUCUUUCACCAGUAAAUCCGCAGAGAAAAGUAUAGAAGAUACUUCAACAAAUGACUAUAAUACCUCGACACUAACUGCAAACCUAAACGGUUUGUCAAUCGUGAAUACGAUUAGCUCAGACGAUGACAUUUUAUCAUCUUCCUCUGAUGAAGAUUUCGAAAAAAUUGAUAAAGAGCCUUAUGAGGAUAAAUACAUUAAACUUUCGACCAUUUGCGCGUUGGAUUUUGUCUCCACUUCAGAUCCCUCAGACAUUUCUUUGACUUCUUCAGACGCCGUACUGAGCGUAGUCCAAAGAAUAGCAAAUAUGUCCUUCUUUCUAUGUUUGGUUUCUUCUUUUUUGGCUGCAGUUUAUGCUUUUUUCUUAUGCGCAUAUGCAAUCCUACCAUGGCAUCUGAUCUAUUCAAUAACCGCUUGUCUUUGGGGCUAUUGUUUGUACGCCCAAGGCAACUCAUUAUCAUUAUCGAAUAGCAUCACUGGCGCACGAAGAAUUUCAAUGGGCGUAACUGUCAUACAAGGUGUGGCCUAUUUGUUAGAAAGUGUGAUGCAUGAUAAAUCAAAUAAUGGACCGGGUCCAUUAUCUCAGACAGAAGUAUUCUCAAAAAAUCCAUUUCUUUACGGAGGAUCUAUGCUAGGACUUCCGAUCUACAUCGUUCUGGAACAAAUCCUGAUAGCUUAUCAAAAAGAGAAUUUUCGUAAACAGGCAUUGCUGCAAUAUGAACGUGAAAAUGCUCAGAAUGCAGUCCACUGCUUAAUUGAUCGAUUCAGUGAACGUAAAGGAUUAUAUCUGCGUACUAUUGCAAAACAAUUACGAAAUAAUACUGAACUAGCGAUGACGACAUUAAAACAAUUGUCACCGCCGAAUUUUCUUUCGAAACCUCACGAACAACUAUCCGCUUGCUCUAUUCCGAUUCCUACUGCGUCCAUCAAGGCGAUCCAUACCGCCAUGAAGACAGUCAACUAUAUGUCAACACAUUUAGGAACAUUGUCUCUUUUGUUGUUUACUGAUAACGGAAAAAUUGCAUUAUCGCGUGUAAAACGAAAUUUCGAUGUCGGUGAAAUGCUGCAAAAAGUCGGCGACGCUUUAGCUGGUUUUGCUUCUAAUGCUAAUGUAGAAUUGGUGCUUUACCAUGUCUAUUAUGGUCUAAAUCAUAUCAAUGUAGUUGGUGAUGAGGCGACCUUAAGAUAUGCUUUAUUUGAUUUACUCAAAUCCAUUCUUAAAAGUGCAUGUACUGGAGCCUGCGUUGAAAUAGGACUAAAAGUACGAAAUUCUGAGGAUGCCGAUGGAACAAAUGACGAUGACUUACUUGAUAAAGACACAGUGAUCAAUCCACGAGAUAAAGUAAUUUGUACCAUUGAAAUCACACACAAUUUUGCAAGUUCGGGAUUGACACCCGAGCAAAAGCGUAAAUCUUUUCUGAUGAAUUCAGCUAUGCAAUUCUCUGCAAGAGUGUUCAAAUUCAUUGGCGCUAAUCUUACUGCAGAACAAGAUGAUGAUAGGCAACUAUUUAUGGUUAGCCUGGAGUUGGAGGUUGGUCCUCCUCUUGAAAAACCAAAGGCUCCCAGAGUAAACGAAGAAACUCGCAAACGAUUCCCGCAUUUACGAAUCUCUGGUGAACCAUCGAUUGAAGAUCUGAAAAAAUUUUCUCGACGUUUAAGAGGAUUAAGAGUCGGACUUCACACUAAGACCAAUAGUCAUUUUGCUAGACAUUUGACGAACUGUUUGACAACUUGGAGUACAGAUAUUUCUCAUGUACCAAUAGGCGGAGAUGACGAAAUAGGAUCACAAAAAGCCGAUUCUAGGCCAGGAUCUCAUUCUGCAUCUCUAAGUUCAAUAGGCUCACGACAGCCAUCGUCUUCGGGUAAUUCUGAGAAUUACGAAGAUAAUAUGAACGAACUCGCUAAUUUACCACCAACUUACGUUAUAAUUGACGAUGAUGUAGACACAUUAAAAGAACAAUUGGUCAAACUUCGAAAUUCACCUUUCCAAGUUGGAAUUGCUUCUGUGUUAAGCGCACGAGGACGUCAUAAAC